AUAUGAAAAACAUCACGUCCUCCCAUACUUGCAAACCAGUUAAAUUACAGGUGGUGAUGUGAGGAAGCGCGCUCUCUCUCUAUCUCGUAUCACAGCAGUCAGAGUUAGUCGCUCCUCACUAUGUAGGUUUCUUCAUCUCUGGUUGGCAUGCAUCUCCGGGGCGUAAUAAGGCGAACCUCUGCCAUGAAAGCGUAAUGCAGAAGGAGGUAAACUCGCAUCUAAUCUGAUGUCUCAGCUCCUGAAAUUUGUUCGGGCUCUGGACGGAGGGGUUACACACGAUUCCUUUCCCAGCCGCUCUCCAUCCGUAGCGCGUCUCCGGCUCUGAACGCACUUCGGCUCCGGACGCCCGUGGCCACUGACACACUCACACGCACAUUCUCUCUCAUUCACACAGCUUUGCAAAUGCAGCGUCCGGGACUGGGCUGGCCGGAGAAAUACACCAUCUGACUGAAAGCGGUGAUGAGUAAACGUCUUUCGGUUGGCGCUGUUUGUGAUUAAUGGAACAUCAAAAGCUCAGUGUGAUACAUUCCCGAGGAUACAAAUCUGCCAGGGACACAUAAACAUCAUUAAUGAAGAAGAAGCAGAUUGAAGAGAGAAGGAACGAGGCAUGAAGGAUGUAGGGCUGGAGGUGGGGGCAGGAUGGAGUGCUCCUGGAAGACAGUGUUGCUGCUGGUGUGUGCAUCUCUCGGGGUCCAGUACACAGCUAUCCAAACCCUGAGGGACUCACUGCCUGGGCCCUGUCAGAGAGCCUACCACUGCAGGAGCAGAUACCACAGAGAUUCCAGAUGGGCCGCCUUGUGCGAUGACAACUGGAUGCCCAUCGAGUUGCCUCAGAAGCAUAUACUGCUUUUUGCAACCACGCGCAGUGGCUCCUCUUUCACCGGACAGCUCCUCAACCAGCAUCCCGGGAUCUUCUAUGUGUUUGAGCCCCUCUACCACGUCCAGCAGGCCUUCACCAACUCCAGCAGCAGGCUACGUCGAACUUUAGACCGUCGGGCCUUGCUGGGAGCAUAUAGGGACCUCCUCUUAAACCUGUACACUUGCGACCUUCACUUCAUGGAGAAUUAUAUCCGCCCUGAGCCUCAGGACCAUAUCACAAGUUCUUUUUUCCGACGGAGCUCAAGCCGUGCCCUCUGUUCUCCUCCAGUUUGUUUGGAAGGGGUGGUUGCUGCAAUAUCUGAUUCGCCUGAUGAAAUUUGGUGUCCUAAGAAGUGUGGGGCUCUGAACCUCACUUUAGCCUCUACGUCAUGUAUGUCAAGAGGACAUAUAGCCAUAAAAACUGUGCGGAUUCCUGAGGUUGGAGACCUACGGACUCUGACGGAAGAUCCGCGUCUGGACCUGAAGAUCAUCCAUCUGGUGAGAGAUCCCAGAGCCAUCCUCGCUUCACGCAUCAUGGCAUUCUCUGACCAGUUUCGUGCUUGGAAAAUAUGGAACGCUACUGGACGCCAGCCUCGAUACGUGGAUCUCUCACAGAUUACCAGCACCUGUAAGGACAUGGCUGCCUCUGCAAAAACAGGCUUGCAGAGACCACCGUGGCUUCGAGGACGCUACAUGUUGGUGCGGUACGAGGACUUGGCUCUUAACCCGAAUGCCAGGGCGACUGAGAUAUACAGGUUUGUGGGGAUAGAGAUGGAAGACAGGGUGAGGAUGUGGAUUGUGAAAAACACCAACAGCAAUGUGUCAGCCCCUUCUGAGUGGAAUUAUAAAUACUCCACCACGAGAGACUCCAGAGCUACAGUAGAAAGCUGGAGACUUCGUCUCAGCUUUGACAUUGUGAGAACGAUUCAGAAUCUUUGCAGUGACACGUUGGCUCUGCUUGGAUACAAACAGGUUCAUUCUGCUGCCGAACUCAGAAAUUUGUCACAAAGUUUAGUGGAGCACAGAACAUUUCAGCCUGUCACAUGAUGAUGCAAGUAAUCUGCUUAUUUAUAAAUGUAUCUAUGCUGAGAUUUGUCUGUCAAGAUCCUGAUAAAAUGAAUGUAACUUAUUUAAUUCUGACUGAUGCCUGAAGUACUUUGCUAUUGUUGGUGGGUUUUUGUUAAAUAUGUCAAAAGUGCCAAUUUCUUUUUUUUUUUACAUGCGGGAUAUUGGGAAACAGAAUGUUGCAAUAUUGAUUGAACUAUUUAUGCUGUUUACCCAUACCUAUAUUACUUAGAUACUGGCCCGGGGUCUCAAACAAGGCUAAACUGUGCCAUGUUGUUUUUGGUUAGUCAGUUUUUAAAAGUCACAGCCUAUUUUCAUGUGCACAACUUGUGUGACUAUAUUUAGGCCAUGCUAGAAAUUUUGUUGGUCUAAAAAGCUGGGCUGUUCUUCUUCUACAGUUAAACCCGAAAAUAUUCAUAUCUUUAUCAGAUUAAGAUUUAAGGUAAUCUUAAUUUCACCAAUAUGUUUUUUCUGAUUUACAGUAACACUGACAUUUUGUCCCACUGUGAAUCUGAUAGAUAAUCUGUGGGUGGAGCUAAAGGCUAAUGCAAUGAUUUUCCAGUGGCAAUGAUUUUGAGCUCAUUUGAACAGAUGAAUGGAAAUUUCUCAGUAAUUAUGUAAAGCAUUUUACUGCUAUAUUGCCAAAAAAUCUUUCCCAUUGAUUAUUUAGAAGGGAACAAAAUUUAGCCAUGCGAGUUUUUGUUAAAAUGUAAAUAAAAACCUAUAAUCUUUUUUCAUCCCAUGAAAGGGGACUUAUCAUGCUUUUAAAUCCUUCCUUUUCCUAUUUAAACCAUUCAGAUGUGGUCUGUAUAAAGUGGAACUGCAAUGC